AUGGGUGAGGAUUGGCGUGCGCACGUGUCAAACGUUAGACUAGGCAACAUUAUGCCAGGAGCGGAAAGGAAGGAUUUUCAAUUAGUGUAUUCCUUCACAUCUCCACAUACUACUAAUGGUCCUGGCGAAAUGGCUGUUAAGUACGUCGCGGAUGAGAAAGACUUUAUAGGUCCGUGGAUCACGCAGGCUGCUAGCCCCACUUAG